CGCCCACGGGGCCUUGGUGCCGCUGCGGCGGGACGGGGCCGCGGCAGAACCGCGCUGCUGUUCCGCUGGCAGAGGCAGCGGCCGAGGGCCGUGCCCGCCCUGCGCUAUCUCCGCCCGCAGAGGCUCGGAGCGCUGCGCUCCGGAGCGGCCUGCGCUCGGCUGAUGGCAGCGAGUGGCGGCACAGAGGGGUUUGUGCACCCCCUGAGCUUUACACAACCUCCCGAGGGGCCGGCGUGAGUGGCCGGCGUUCUGAGCUGUCCUGGAAUUGCAGCUGGAGUGCGGAGGGUACCCUCCACCGGCAGUGAUUUACCAGGGGUCUGGAGAUGAGGCAUAUAACUUCUUCUCAGUAGUCAUACUGGAGGCUAAUGGGAUUACUCAUCCAGCUAACCAUGUCUUUAGAUUCAUCUACACUUUUAAAUGAAGAAAAUGCUCAAGGAGCAAAAGGAAAUACCGAGUGUUUGGAAAGCCUGCUGCAGACUCCAUCAUCAUUUCAAGAUAAUCCACUUCAACAAUUGCAGUUAGCAUCCCAGGAAGUACUGGAAAAGGCAAAAAAGAGUGGGAGAUCAAAAUGCCCCCGAUGCAAUAGUUCAAGGAUGUUUUAUUGUUAUACAUGCUUUGUUCCUGUUGAAACUGUCCCUACCAAAGAAAUUCCAACUGUGAAGUUACCUUUGAAGAUUGACAUUAUUAAACACCCAAAUGAAACUGACGGCAAAAGCACUGCUGUGCAUGCUAAGCUCCUGGCACCUGAUGAUGUUACAAUUUACAAAUACCCUUGCAUUCCAGAGUAUGAAGAGAAGAGACACGAAAUAGCACUCAUAUUUCCUGGCCCCAAUUCAGUUUCAGUAAAAGAUAUCACUUUCCAUCUCCAAAAGUACACCAAGAAAGGCGUCUGUGCUAGUGACGAUGACUGUUCCAGAGAGCCACUUCUUAAACAAGCAAAAAUAGAGCCUGAAGAAAAAACAAAUCCCAAUGAAGGCAUCUCAAGCAGCAGAAGUGAAGGCACUAGACUGAAGAAAAUAAUAUUUAUUGACAGUACCUGGAAUCAGACUAACAAGAUAAUAACUGAUGAACGACUUCAAGGGUUACUGCAAAUUGAGUUGAAGACAAGGAAAACUUGCUUUUGGCGUCAUCAGAAGGGAAAACCAGAUACAUACCUUUCCACAAUAGAAGCAAUUUAUUAUUUUCUUGUGGACUAUCAUCAGGAGGUUUUGAAAGAGAGCUACAAAGGACAAUAUGAUAAUCUGCUUUUUUUCUUUUCAUUUAUGUAUACAUUGAUUAAAGAUGCCAAGUGUUGUGCAGGAAAAGAGCCUGAUGUGUUCACUGUGAUGAGCACAUUUCCUGAGAUGGGAGUGGAGGACUUGACCCCUCUUGCCAUAAGGUCAUCUCUUUUAACUGUAAGAAGGAAUUAGCAUGCUGGCAUUUCAUUGUUACUAAUACUUAUGUCAGACGUUUUCUUUGUGGUUUACACAGCAAUACUGAUUCACCUUCAUGGCAUCACAGGCUUACUGAAAUGAGCAGAUGAUGUUUAGUUGCUGGGGCAAGUGGCAGCAAUACAGAAUGAAAGAGCACGUUAAUUGAAUAUGAAUGAUAUACUUCCAAGAUUAAUUCUGGAAAAUUCUUCUAGUAAUAAAAAAGUGGUCUCUUGAAACACUGUUAUACAGUGUAUGGUUUCUGUAGUAUCAUUCCUGUUAUAUUAGGAUUAUUCUCAACUUCUUGGGUAAUUUUAGACUUCUUCAAACAAAUUUAGUUAAGUUUUGUUACUGUUGUAUAAUACCAUUAUUUGGGGAAGCACUAACCUAACAAAUGUCACUGGCAUAUCGUAGGCACUGAAAAUAAAAGAUGGUGGUUCUGACCACAAUGUUUCUGACAAGGCUUAAAUGAGGCAGGCUGUGAAUCUGCUCCUUGCUUUUGCAGUAAUGGGGCAGAUUAGAACAGGGUAAGACUUUGUGCUGAUGGCAGUUCUGUCAUAGGUGUAGUGCUGCUCUCAGAGUCAUCACGUGGGAAUGCAGUUUUGCCAAGCUGUACCAGCACAGGCAGUGUUGGCAGAGGUAAUAGACCUGAGCUACAACUUUAGAGCAGAGUUAUAUGAAUAUAUUUUAUAUCAUACAUUGAUAAAAAUUGUACUCCUAAGGUAGAAAAAAUGUUUCAUUAGAGGUACAAUAUAAGAUGGAUAAAUAUUUCUGAAUAUUCUCAGAAAUGUGUUACUUAAGACAAAGUGUUUCUUGUCAAAGUGACAGACUGAAAAAUUACAAAAUUUUAUUUUUUAAACAAAAUAUCCAAGUUUUUGUUAUCACUUGUAGCAUACUCUCUAGGAGGGUGCUCACCCUAGUGUACAUAGAAAGUGUCUUGAAAAAUACAUCAAGAAAAUGUUUUUAUGUUUCCACAGCAAUCCAUACAGGCUCAAACAAUUGGUUUGUACUGCAUUUUUAAUGCUUCAAGUUACUGAAAUCUUAAUAUUGUUUCAAAUACAAGAUACAAAUACACUCUCUUACAUCAUACUUCAUAUUUGAUUGCUUAUCUGCACAAGUGCAUAUAAAAAUGCAUUUCGGUGGACAACAAAAACAUAUCCCCAUUUGCAGAACAAAAUGGUGGUUAUGUUAUGUGUGUGCACGUGAAAUGUGCAUGAACUGUAACAGCACCACAGGAAACACAGACUUGAAGUCAGAAUGAGAAAGAUAAUUUUUAUAUCUACCUAUACACUGAGUUCAUGUGCCAAGCAAUCAGAAAAAUCAGCAGUCUUGUCUCAGUGCUAUUGAAACAACACUGCCUACUCGUUUGGUUUUUAUUGCUAUUGAGAGGUUACUUUGGCUUUUUAAAAUGAUUAAUGUUAUUUCCUUUGGUAUGAAUUUUGAUGGUCUUUUGACAUUUCCAUCUGGUCUUGUAUUUCUUAAACAAAGAUUGUUGUAAAUUUUUUUUCUAAUCACACAAGUAUAAUAGCUUGAGAAGGAAACUUUCACCCACUUUAAACAAACAAAAAUAAAAUGAACCCACUGACCUAAUGUUUUACAAGAACCAGAGAGAAAAAUCUGGGGGGAGAGGGGGAGUUACUUCCAAGACACAUUUCCCUGAAAACAUGUUUUUUAUUUAAGAAGCAGAGGUCAGAUAAAAGCUUGUAUAAGCUGUUCUUUGUUACUUUUGGAAAAUAGUUUCAUAAGGUGAAAAAUUGUUUCCAAAUUUAAGUUUUGUGUACCUCACUUUAUUUGAACAAUGGGAAUUAAAAACCUUUUCCAAAAGAAAAUUAGCUUUAACUCUCUGAUGAAAUUAAUGUACAGAAAGGAUUUUAAAUCUGGCUCGCUGUGUCCAGGAAUUGGGUUCAGAUUCUUUUCUUCUUCCAGUGCAACCUCAGUGUAAUGCACGAGUCAUUUGUUAUACCAAGGGACAGAGGCACACCUAAUAUCUGUAAUUUGUUAUGGUCUCCUGUUAUUCCUCUGAUAACCUUCUAUGGGGGCAGGAAGGAGGUUUUUGUCACUUCUGCUGCAAAUCUGUCCUGUCUGAGCAGAUGUAGUUGCCCCUUCUCUCAUAUAUAUAUAAAAGUAUUUACAUCCUGUAUUUAAUUUUGAUGUUGGUAUAAGAAGCCAAACCAAAUCAUCCAUCUCACACUGAAAGCAUCUCAGUACCACUGAUACACUUCCCCAGCUUUGAGACUAAAGAAAAGAUUUGUUCCACUAAAUGAAAGCAAUCAAGUGGCUAAUCCUUUCAAGUGCAAUUAGCAGCACUGACCUCCCUGUUCUUUAAAUUGAAGGUCAUGGGGAGGUAAAGGCCAGUUCUGGGCCUUUUCUUUCAUAUCAGAAUACCCCUUCACUAUCUCUUCUGUUUCCAAAAACAUCAGAGACCAAGAGGGAAAAACAGGCUUCUGCUUCCAUUAGCAGUAACUUAAACAGCCAUAAGUUAAAGGGGGAGGAAAAGGAAGAGCAUCUCUAUCUCCUCUCACAACAGAAGACAUCUGGCCUUCUGUGGGGAGGCCCCAGAUAACAAAGAACCUGUCAGUGCAAAACUCCGCAAUGUGUUCGGAGAACCAUUUUACCUGCACUCUGGCUCAUUCAUUUCCUGCCACUGAAGCCAUCUGCUUUUGCUUAUUGUGGGUAUUUUUGUUCUUUGUUUGGCCAGGAGCAUGAAGUGGCUUCACUUCAGCAUGCCUGUAAGCUUGGUCAGAGGGAGUAUUUAAUCCUUUUCUCAAAAUGAAUAAGAGAGGGAGCUGCUGCAAAAAACAAUUCCUUUCCUGGAAGGUAGCAGAAAUGUCAUCCAAGCCGAGGUUGAAUAAAGGGUCAUGUCAGUGCAUGGGGUAAAGAUACAUUGAGAUGGAAAAGAGAUGCCAACUUGGAAUCUACGGCACAACCUCCCAGAGCACUUGUAA